UCCUGAUCGGAAGAUGAUCAGCGUCGCACGAGCUGUGCUCUAGCUGAUGCAAUGGGGCUGCUUCUGCUGGAGAGCCGCUGAAAGAAUUGGGGAUUCCGCGGACAGAAUUCUCCAAGCUUGCGGUUUUGAAGUUUCUGGAUAAAACAUUAUGAAACGCACUUUAAAUUAAAAAUACAAGACUUUCCACACUCCUUAAAAUGGCAAAUAUUCCAAAUGAAAGCUUUUGCUCUUUUAAGCCACUUGAACUGUUUGAACAAAUAGCAGCACAAGGAGAAAAAGUCAGAUCACUGAAAUCCAAGAAAGCAUCAAAGGAUGAAAUUGAUGUUGCAGUUAAGUUGUUGCUGUCAUUAAAAGUAACCUAUAAAACAGCAACAGGUCAAGAAUAUAAAGCAGAUUCUCCUCCAACAGAUUUCACUCCAGUCAGUAAUAGUCCAGACAAUGCUGAAGAGGAUGAUUUUGUGGAUCCCUGGACAGUGCAGACAUCCAAUGCAAAAGGAGUGGAUUAUGAUAAACUUAUAGUUCGAUUUGGCAGUAGCAAAAUUGAUAAAGACCUCAUCAAUAGAAUAGAGAGAAUUACAGCACAUAAACCACAUCAUUUUCUACGGCGAGGUAUUUUCUUUUCUCAUAGAGAUAUGAACCAAAUUCUUGAUGCCUAUGAACAGAAGAAGCCAUUUUACCUUUACACAGGCAGAGGUCCCUCAUCUGAGACAAUGCAUGUUGGCCACCUUAUCCCAUUUAUGUUUACAAAGUGGUUACAAGAAACAUUUAAUGUUCCAUUAAUCAUACAAAUGACUGAUGAUGAGAAAUAUUUGUGGAAAGAUCUGACCAUUGAAAAAGCUUACCAGUAUGCUAUAGAAAACAUCAAGGACAUAAUAGCCUGUGGAUUUGACAUUAAUAAAACUUUUAUCUUUUCUGAUUUCUCUUAUAUGGGGACAAGUGUUGGCUUCUAUGAAAAUAUUGUUAAAGUUCAAAAGCAUGUGACAUUUAACCAAGUGAAAGGAAUCUUCGGUUUUACAGAUAGUGACUGCAUAGGAAAGAUAAGUUUUCCUGCUAUUCAAGCAGCUCCAUCCUUUAGCUCAUCAUUUCCAGAGAUCUUCAACAAUAGGAAGGAUAUCCAGUGUUUGAUCCCAUGUGCAAUUGAUCAGGAUCCCUAUUUUAGAAUGACAAGAGAUGUAGCUCCUCGGAUUGGCUAUCCCAAGCCAGCAUUACUGCAUUCUGUCUUCUUCCCAGCCUUGCAGGGAGCACAAACAAAAAUGAGUGCUAGUGAUCCUAACUCUUCCAUCUUUCUCACUGAUACACCCAAGCAAAUCAAAACAAAGAUUAAUAAACAUGCUUUCUCUGGUGGCAAAGACACUGUUGAAGAGCAUAGGCAGUAUGGUGGCAACUGUGAUGUAGAUGUGUCUUAUAUGUACCUCACCUUCUUCCUUGAAGAUGAUGACAGAUUAGAACAAAUUAAGCAGGCUUACACAAGUGGAGCCCUGCUGACAGGAGAACUCAAGAAGGUGUUGAUUGAAACACUUCAGCCCUUGAUUGCAGCUCACCAGCAAAGGCGAAAGCAGAUCACUGAUGAAAUGGUGAAGGAAUUCAUGACCCCACGGAAGCUGGCAUUUGACUACUAAUUCUACAAUUGCAUGUUAAUUUAUCAGCACAUAAAGAUCACAUGUUAUUGUA